AUUAACCCCGACCCGAACCCGAUAGAAUCCGAACCGGUCCCGAACCGAACUUUCAUAUAAUCCGAAUGGGACUGAUUUUGAUAAACCCGAAAAACCGAAACCCGAUUGGAUAAAACCGAAAUCUGAUUGGGACUCCGAAUGCCCAAGCCUAUUCACACUGAUUGUCACAAAAGUCGUAGGCCUUUAUUUUAAAAGAAUAUCUGAUUCUUUCAUUGUUAUCCCGUUUGGCUCUAAAGCGGCAGGCCAAAUAAGUUGUUGAGAAUGAAUAUGAACCACAUAACAUAAAACAUAUCGCAAAGGAUAAAAUGCAUGGUGGAGAAGAAAAAGAAAAAUAUCGCAAAUGUGUAAAGUGUCACUUAACACUAUCCAGUAAGAUAAUCAGUUGCCUAACUCCCACAGCAGCACCAAGCCUAACAAAUAAUCAGUGUUAAGGCACAGCGAGAAGGAAAAUAUGUGGCUGAUGAUGAGCUUUCAUGUAAUAAGAAAAAAAGAAUAUGAGUGACCUAUAUCUCCUUUCACGUGUCAACUUUCCGUAGAGCAGUCGGCUAAAUCUUGAAUGUAAGAUAAGAAUAAGUGACAUGGACAAAAGUGCACUCCAGUACUACAUUGAUUUACAUACAGUUACUUAUUUGCUCUUGUUGUCGUAUAUGCUUUAACCAUUUAAGAAAUGAUCUUACACAUUUAAGAAGAUUGAUUACGACCUGGAUAAACAUGAUGAUAGUAAGAAAAAGCUGAAAAUAAUUAUAAUAAUAUGAUGGCAACAUAUAUUGUGUAGUAUGUAUCAAGGCUUUCGUAAUGGAGCGACCCACACCAUGUAUUAAUAAUAAUUUAUAGACGGAAGAUAUUUAGCUGGCGGCUCAGAUUUCUCGGUCCAGUAAUUAAAAUCCAUAUUUCCCGAUAUUAUCCAUUAUCCUUUUUAUUUAUACAAAAAUAAUAAUAUUAGCGAGUAAGUACGAACGAGCAGCACGUGUCAAUUGGAGGGGGCCUUUGAAAGUGAACCACAAGAUUUAAUCGGUUUCUUAAAAUAUUGGAAAAAACAAAAAAAAAAAUUGAAAAAGCGCACAUAGCAGAAGCUGACGUGGCAUCCUCUUCUUUAUCUUCCUACUUUUUCUCACUCUUUCCUUCCUCCACAGACCCCAAAAACACUUUUAUUUCUCCUCUCUGCUUUCUCCAUUUGCUCUUUCCUUCUUCAAACUUGCUCUUUUCUUUUACUCUGGCUGAGCUUAGUUUUCUUAUUCAGGCAAACUUAUGAAGUCUCCUUCGCUGACUGUGAAUGCUCAGGGUGCCAAAGCUUCUCUGAGGAGUAGAGUUGAAGAAACUUCAGAUACGCAGAUGCAAUUUAAUGACUAUGCACCCAAGGUGAGGAAACCAUACAUUAUAACAAAAGAAAGAGAGAGAUGGACUGAUGAAGAACACUACAAGUUUGUUGAAGCCUUGAAAUUACACGGCCGAGCAUGGAAACGAAUACAAGGACAUGUGGGCACAAAGACUGCUGUUCAGAUUCGAAGCCAUGCUCAGAAGUUCUUCUCUAAGGUUGCUCGAGAAGCAACUGGAUGUAAUGGUAGCUCGGUGGAGCCGAUAGUGAUACCGCCUCCUCGUCCCAAGAGAAGGCCAAUGCAUCCUUACCCUCGCAAGUUGGGGAACAAGGGAGAUCACACAGAACGUGACAAUAGCUCUCCAACCUCUGUGUUGUCCUCUGUUGGAUCAGAAGCCCUUGGUUCCUUAGAUUCACAUUCACCCAAUCGAAGCUUGUCUCCUGUUUCCUUUGCAUCACCUCAGGCUGCUCUUGCAAGUACUUCAAAUGCACCUGAAGAGCUUGAGACUCUGAAGCUGGAGUUGUUUCCAAGAGAGAGACUCGUAAACAGAGAGAGUUCCAUCAAGGAACCAACAAAGCAAAGCCUUAAACUCUUUGGGAAGAUAGUUUUGGUAUCUGAUUCAGACAUGUCCUCUUCUCUAACAACUUAUUGCAAGUCACCGACUCAGCCAUUACCAUGGAAACUCUCCAUGGUAAUAGACCCACAAGAAGAACCCUUGAGCUGUUGGAUACAAGUCCCUCCUAAGCAAGAAGAAGUGGAAAACAGAUGCUUAGAUUCAGAAAAGGCCGUUCAAAAUGAAGGAUCAUCGACUGGAUCAAACACCGGUUCGGUGGAUGAUACAGGACACACUGACAAGAGCUCAGAACCUGAAGCAAUGGUAUCUCAAUGGGAGUUUACGCCUAGUGAGAGGUCUGUAUUUUCUGAGCUAACAAGAGUAACCUCUGAGUCAAACUCAAGAGGAUUUUGUCCUUACAAGAAGAGAAAGAUGAUAACAGAAGCAGAACAAGAUAUUCGCCUCUGCUUGUAACCAGGAUAUUUAAUAUCUCCUUAAGUUCAAUUUUCAUACAUCUUAAUGUUCAUCAAAGUAUUCUUAUUUGUUGUUUCAUUCUUUUCCUCGAGCUGUUUGUUGUUUAGGCUAAAAUAUCUGCAUAAUCUGCAACUGUUAAACACUUGUAACUUCUUUUUAUAAAUCUAGCGAGUAUGA